ACCGCGGGCGGAGGUGAGAGUGUUGGUCGGGUGGUGGAGCUGGAGCUGGCUGGCGCUGCCCUGUGGUACUCGCCGGAAUGCCUCACUUGGAAAACAUGGUGCUUUGUCGCGAGUCCCAAGUGUCCACCUUGCAGUCCCUGUUUGGAGAGAGACAUCAUUUCAGCUUCCCAUCAAUUUUUAUUUAUGGACAUACUGCCAGUGGAAAGACCUAUGUAACACAAACUUUGUUGAAAACUUUAGAGCUCCCACAUGUCUUUGUGAAUUGUGUUGAAUGUUUUACCUUGAGGCUGCUCUUGGAACAAAUUUUAAACAAAUUGAAUCAUCUUAGUUCUUCAGAAGAUCAAUGUUCUACCCACAUAACCUGUGAAACAUUUAAUGAUUUUGUUCGCUUGUUUAAACAAGUAACCAAAGCUGAAAGUCUCAAGGAUCAGACUGUAUAUAUUGUUCUAGACAAAGCAGAAUAUCUAAGAGAUAUGGAAGCAAAUCUUUUGCCUGGGUUUCUUAGGUUACAAGAAUUGACUGACAGAAAUGUGACUGUUCUCUUUCUCAGUGAAAUUGUUUGGGAAAAGUUUCGUCCAAAUACGGGGUGCUUUGAGCCAUUUGUCUUGUAUUUCCCUGAUUACAGCAUAGGGAACCUUCAGAAGAUCUUGUCACAUGAUCAUCCUCCAGAGUAUUCGGCUGAUUUCUAUGCUGCUUAUAUUAAUAUUCUUCUUGGAGUUUUCUAUACUGUCUGCCGAGAUUUGAAAGAGCUCAGACAUCUGGCAGUACUUAAUUUUCCUAAAUAUUGUGAACCUGUGGUUAAAGGAGAAGCAAAUGAACGUGAUACUCGCAAACUCUGGAGAAAUAUUGAACCUCAUUUGAAGAAAGCCAUGCAGACUGUUUAUCUCCGGGAAAUAUCAAGUUCACAGUGGGAAAAGCUACAGAAAGAUGACACUGAUCCAGCACAACUGAAAGGGCUCUCAGCAUAUACUCAUGUGGAACUUCCAUAUUAUUCCAAGUUUAUUUUAAUUGCUGCUUACCUUGCUUCAUACAAUCCAGCAAGAACUGACAAGAGGUUCUUUCUUAAGCAUCAUGGGAAAAUCAAGAAAACCAACUUCCUAAAGAAGCAUGAAAAGACAAGCAAUCAUCUUCUUGGCCCAAAACCAUUUCCACUCGACAGGUUAUUAGCAAUAUUGUAUAGUAUUGUGGACAGCAGAGUUGCUCCAACCGCAAACAUCUUUUCCCAGAUUACCUCUCUAGUGACCCUUCAGCUGUUAACCCUGGUUGGCCAUGACGAUCAGCUUGAUGGACCAAAAUACAAAUGCACAGUAUCUCUAGAUUUCAUCAGAGCUAUUGCUAGGACGGUGAACUUUGACAUAAUAAAAUACUUGUAUGAUUUCUUGUGAAAACAAGCUUCAAAGCCAUAUGGACACUGUGACAAUGACUAAGCCAAGCUGUGUUCAUCCAACUACUUAGCUGGCCAGGGAGAGGAGUUCUUUGGCUCUAUUGGAUUUGUCCAGACAGGUGCUGGCCCAGCAUGGAAUCUAAUGAAAAUACUCUGAUUGGUCUGGGUGGAUGUGAGCAGAAGACUAUUUACCAGGGACCCUGGAGUAUUUGGAAGCAACGUGUUAAUUAUAAACAGCAGGGUUUGAGCACAAUCUGUUCUACUCUUAAUGAUGUUAUCUUAACACUGAAAUUGCCUGAAACCCAUUUACUUAGGACUACAUUUUGCUCUGUGAACUAUCCCCUGCGCUUUGAACGUGCCAGCAGCCCUUGUAUAUAAGCCCAGUCUUUUCACUUCCUCUCCACAGGAGCCUCUGCGGUUGCUUGCCAAAGCAGAUUUUCCUAAGGCCACCGUUUUAAAAGAUCAUAGUUGCAGAAUAUAAUAAAUAGAAGGUUUUUUUUUUUAAUCCAAGCUUGUAUAUGCUUAUCCUUCACCCUGAUAUUCUCAAAAGGCACAAGGUAGUUUGAUCAGAUUUAGGCCAACUUUCCAUCCCCAGGCCUGCUUGAUAAAUGCAGUCUGCUCGCGUGGGGUUUUUCUGGUUACUCUUGACAAUUAACCACCCAGCCUAGCUUUUUAAUCCACAUAAUGGUUUUCUUAUCUUUUUUUUAAAGUCACUGGCCUUUAAGAGUUCCACAAUAAAACUUUUUCCUGUUAUAUCAGUUAAUGAA